AUGUGCGUCAGAGGAUCCAACUCAUUCAAGACUUCGAAAUGCCUGAUAAAAUCCUGGAGAGAUUCGUUCAAAGGAUUUCUAAUCGGUGGAAUUGUAGCAGCCUCCUACGCAUUCACUGCUGAUGAUUUGAUUGAUGCAUUCUCAUCAAACAUGCUGCUGGGAGAAAACAAAAACUCCAAGAAAGUAAUCGUCGAUCUCAUGGUUAUCUCAACGGGGCCAUUUAUCACUGGACGAAUUGGAGAGUUAGAUCUUAUAAGAGCAGGAUGGAUUUUCAUGCAUCGCACGAUGAGCGUGGAAGAUACGCAACGAUUCGAGCAGAUGAUCAACACACCUGCAUUCUGCGUUAAGAAAUUCGAGGAGAUGUUUUUGCUCAGAAGAAUUAAUCCUUUCGCACCGACCGAGGACCAACGCAUCAUGGUAUUCAGCCAUGCUGAUUGUGCCUGUAAGAAUGCUCAGGAUGCUCGUGAAAUCUCGGAAAUGAAGAAGCAACUCGAGGAGUUCCUUGCCAAAUGGGAGACCGUGUUCAAGCAGCUACCAUCUGCUUCUCCAGAGGUUCUUCUUGAAAUUGGUGAUCUUAAGCAGCAGACAACCGAACAGCUGAACAAAAUGGAAAACGUUGAAAGUACAAAAGAAAAAACGGAGGAAGAUGAUACCAAGACGGAGGAAACAAAGGCCAAUAAAGUCGUGGAAACUGCCCAGAAUACUGUUGAAACUACCGAAGAAAAAGUUAAGGAAGUCACUGCAGUCAAGGAGAACAAUGUUUGGGAGAAGAGAAUCAAGGAGAAGGAUGCCAAAAUCAACAAAGUCAAGACUAAUGAAACCAAAACUGAUAAAGUUGAGGAGAAAAACAAGCAGCCAGUAGUGCUAAAGUCAGCUUCACUGCCGCCAAAGAAGGUGGAGAAAGUCACGCACCACGGAAAUGCAGUCGCUGAGCAGUGCGUCUGGAAUGUAGCUCAUGUUUCUGGAAAGCCGACACAACCAAAGCCUCAGCAAGAGCAACAUCAAUCUCAACCGAAGCGUGUAUGUGAAGUUUUCACACCAUCCAAGCCACCUCCAAAGAUAGUCAAACCAAUAAUUACUCAAGUCAUAGUAUCAAAACAACCCAAGCAAGCUCCAGAAGCCACAAACGCCAUUGUUGAGUCGCGGAUCUUGGAGAAACAUAUUACUGUAGCAUGCGCAGAGCAGAAGAUAGACACUCCAAUGACCGUUUGCACUGACAUCAGCCCAGCAAUCACUGAACACAGCAGAUCUGCUGGAACACCAGAUUCUGGAAUGAUCUCCGAUAUUUCGGAAGUCAAGGCAGCUGAGUCGGAAGUUGAUAAUGUUGAGAAGGAGGCUCCUGUGAAGCAGCUUGUGGGCCGUGACGCUAGAAGAUACCGCCAGAAACUUCGUGAAGCCGAGAAAGCCGCGUUGGCGGACGUCGUGAAGGAGGAAUCAUCCGAUGACGUAGCUCAGGAUGGUUCAUUGAAAGAAAACGUCGAGUCGGAAGUUGCCGAGCCCGAAAAUACAGUGCCCACUGGUAAGGAAAGACGGCGACUGAAAGAUAAGAUGAGGAAGGAGAAGAAAGAACUGGAGAAGUUGGUAGGAAAGUUAGAGGAGUCAACAAAAGGAUCGAAAGUGAAGACAGCUACAGAAGCAGUUACCUUUGCUAAAUUUACCGUGACAGAAACAAAAACUCCAGAAACAACAGAAAGAAAAGAAGCGACUCCAGAAGCAACAGAAACGAAUGCUCCAGAACCAUCCAAGACGAAGAAGGCUAAAAAGGCCAAAAAGAUCAUAGAAUCAACGGAAGCUAUAGUGAAUAAGGACAAGGCGGCCCAGAAAGCUGGAAAAACUCCAGUAGAAGAAUUUGAUGUUGUUCCAGAGGACCCUGAUGUCAGCAAGCCUAAAAAGUCUACUCAGAAUUUGGCAGAAAGAGAUGAAAAGGAGAUUGUUGAAACUUCUGCUGAUUUCCAAGUGCAAAAAUUAAGCAAAAGCCAGAAGAGGCGAGUUAACAAGAAGGUCUCACAAGGUACGUAUGUGGUCAACGACAACGGAGAUCACUCGAUCGAGUUGUUGCCUGGCGAGUACAAAAUUGUACAACUUGAUCAAGAUCGCAACAUUCAAGAGAUUGAUAUCACUGGUGAGAAAGAAGAUAACGUUGAUCAGAAGACUGAUGAGAAAAAACAAGUUGAUAAACCAAAAAAGAAGAAGCUCCAAAACUUCUACGUCGCCGGAAACUUGUCCAAGGAAAUUCUGGACAACGGAAAAUGGUUGGCUUAUGUUAUUGAUGAGAAGAAACCGGGUAGCAUUCCAAAGUUUGGAGAAGUGAGCACCGAAGAAGUCGCCGAGACCAUCAAGCUGCUUGAUUCGCAGAUGGCUGUGAAGAACGCGACUCAGCCAGACGGAUACGUUGACGAUUUGGACUACAAUUGCACGAAAAACUCUCGCCACGUCACAACAACAAUAAAACAGAUUAUGCCAGAGUUGGAUGCAAAUUUGGUUCGAGAGAACUUUGCAAAGUUGAUUGAAAACGUCGAGCCUGGAUGCUACGCUGGACCAACUCAAGAGGAAUUCGAUACGCAGCCAGACUCUAGCGACUUGCAGUUACUCAUUGAGUCCAAUCCAGAUGGUUUUAAGUUCCAUACAGAGUUUGCCCGUCGAACAUCGUCUCUGUUUCUUGGAAACCAGGAAUUCCGAGAUUUCUGCGUCAAAUACUCCAACUCCAAAUACGGUGGAAAUGUGAUCAGCUCGCUUAUCAAGAAGUACAUCGACACUAGAAUAGUCUACCAUUAUGAACGCUUCAAAAAGUUGGCCGAUCGCGAAGCUCAUCGAAUCGCCAAAUGCUGGACACGUGUGACUGACAACACUUCGUACGCAUUGAUGGUUAUGUUAUUUAUCAACAACCCGACCUCCAACGUCGGAUUUGAUGACAUCGAGCGUGUGCUCUUCCCUCCACGCGCUUGA